AAAAAGAACAACGAAAAAAAAAAAAAAAAAAAUGCUUAUCCGCUGUUGUAUCUGCAUUCCCGGCGCUAUUCCUCCUCGGAAUAGCUUUAUCCCGUCUCACUCCUCUCCUCCUCCACCUCCACCGUUCCUCUCUCUUGCUCGCCUCUCCUCUCGAUCGGGAACCCGCGCCCUCGUCCUCUCCGCUAAAUCCCAAGCGACGAGGCGAAGCAAAACCACAGCGGAGCCCGAAGCAGCCGAAGCCGAAUUAGUACCGGAAGAAGAUGGAGGAGGAGGCGAGGUAUUCGAAGGGGAAGGGUCGUUCCCUUUCGCCGAGGGAACGAGCGGAGAUGAUGAGGGGGAUGGCGAUAGAGGCGACGAGGGUGUCGCCUAUUCGAGUGGGUAUAGAGGUGGAAGAGACGAGAAGGACUACGACAGAGAUCCUGAGCUCGCGGAGAUAUUGGGUAGCUGCUUCGAUGAUCCUCAGAAGGCCCAAGCUCGAGUGGAGGAGAGGAUAAGGAGGAAGAGGGGGAAGAUACUGCACGCAAAAACUGGAUCUGCGACCCCCAUGGAAGUUAUAUUCAACAAAUUCGGCUUUUCAAAUUCCUAUAUAUGGUUUGAGUUCUACCAUGCCCCUUUGCCGAAAGAUAUUUCCUUAAUAUGUGAUACUAUUCGAUCCUGGCACAUUGUUGGGCGGCUUGGUGGGUGCAAUUCCAUGAACAUGCAGUUAUCACAGUCACCUUUGGAUAGCAAAAGACCAUCUUAUGACGCUAUCCAAGGAGCAAAUGUAACACCAACAACAUUUUAUAACAUUGGGGAUCUUGAGAUUCAAGACAAUCUAGCUCGUAUAUGGGUAGACAUUGGUACAACUGAGCCACUGCUGUUGGAUGUGCUUAUUAAUGCCUUAACUUGCAUAAGUUCAGACUAUGUAGGGAUCAGACAAGUAAUGUUCGGAGGGUCGGAAUUCAAGAACUGGAAGGACAACUUGACAUCAGAAGAUGCUGGUUUUAGUACUCAUAGGAUCUAACUUCAAUGUGGUCUUAUCCUUUUCGGCGGAGGAAACCUAUUGGCAAAUCCUCAGCUCUUUGUUGAGAUUCUCUUCAGUAAAGCAUGCGGCUAAACCAAUUCAAGUGUUGUCUCAGGACCUCCUUCCUGUUUUUUGGAAUAUAGAUAAGCAGUUGGUUGCUAAUAGAAAUCAAAUAUUGCCUGCGGGAAAAUAGCAAAAGCGUUUGAUGCUUUCUUCUGCAGAAAGUCAUUUGAAAAAGAACGUGUGUGAGCAAACAUUGCUAUGCUUAUAGGGGUAGAUUGAGGUGGAAUUGCUCUUUAAACGAUGACUAGAAAACAAGAAACAGUUUCAUUGUACUGUUAAUAUGUAUCUCAGUGCUGUUUCUACUAAUGGGGAUGCUAGUUUAUUGAUUAUCAGUUGUUUGCAAAUGGCUAUAAUCUACUGCCCCAAAAAAUUUCAGGAUACUAUGAUGCUGUUGUUGAAGGCUCGAAGCAACCUACUGGAACAUUAAUUCUUUUUCUGUAUCUCUGUUGGAGAUGUUGAAUUUUUAAAAUACUUGCAAUUGUACUAUGAUAAGUGCUUACAACAGAAAAUGAAUUUUUUUCCCUU